UCAGUGUUCAGUUAAUACUUUAACGUCGUCAGUAUAACAGCUAGUUAAUCCUUUCCACUCUUUUUUUUUUUUUUUCAAAAGUAGUUUUAGUGAACCUUAAUCGUCUGAAUAUUUCUCUCUCAGUUAUCGACUCUAGCCAAUAAAAUUCUAUAAACGCAAAUCAAUAAUCAACAAGUGGAAAGUGAAUUUAUCGACUAUCGAUAAAAUCCUUCGCCAAUCUAUACAACUUAAGUGAACUGAACCUUGACCUGUUAUAAUUAACAGGUAUUUUUUAUUCUUUUUUUUUUGUUUUGUUUUACUAACAAGUGAAUAACGCCAAAUUGACGAAAAAACAAUUAUGCAACGUGUGCCUAACGUGGGAUUUUACGAAAACGUCAUCGAGGAGCACAACUAUACAAUGUUUACAAUGUAUCCCCCUGGGGGUAAUUCGAACGAUUCUUGGCAAUUAACGAAGGAGGAAAAAAAUAUGCUCGUGUCUCUGGACGGCCUGCACAGUGGCGUGCCUACUAGAACGACGCCCACACUCACUCCAACGACCCUUCGGAGCAUUGAGCAGACCUUCCUGGAGUUGACGAGCGAGUCGGCCUCGCACAGCAGAGAAGCUGGAUUUGUGCCACCGCUGGUGGAACCGUCACAGCCGACUCCAGCUCAAACACACAACACCAUUUUGAGUCACAACAAUCUCGAGGAUCAUCAGACUCAGGCCCAGCCUCAAACCAGACGGAACAUGGGCGGCAGAAGGCCCACCAGGACCAUUGGCAUGUCACCCGAGGAAGAGGAGCGACGACAAGUUCGCAGAGAGAGGAACAAAAUGGCGGCGGCCAGGUGCCGAAAAAGAAGAAUGGAUCACACCAACUCCUUACUCGAAGAAACUGAGGGCUUGGAACAGAAAAAGCAGAGCUUGCAGGACGAGAUCAAUCAAUUGAAGCAGGCAAAGGACGAGCUGGAAUUCAUCCUCGAGGCCCACCGAUCCGUCUGUCGAUUGAGAGCCUCCUCACCCCUUGACAUCAAGCCAGUGAUUAAAAACGACGAGAAUCACUUCAUUCAGCCGGCGAAACGCGAUCCCAUUGGCGCCCUCAGACCAAACAGACCCAACUCCCUGCCCGUUGGAUUCGACAAUAACAAUCGUCCCAAUACGUUGCCGAUUUUCGCCGAGCCCAAGGAUUUACAGUUCAAGACAGUGGAGACUCCCUCCUUCAUGAAGACAACCUCGGAAGUUGCCGGCGUUCCCAUCACCACUCCCUCCAGUGGAAUGCCCUUUAAUUUUGACUCUCUGAUGGACGGCGGCACUGGACUCACGCCCGUUUCCACUCCGCUCAUUCCAUCAUGCUCCACUCAGCAGAGAAGCAAUCUCUCCGCGGUCGAUCUCAGUUCUCCCGAUGCAAAUCCUCCAAAACUCGUUAGCUUGUGACGCCAGGAUUUGGAGUACGGAUCCCAUGAAGAGGAUCCCGAAUAAAAAUUGGUCACUGUUUUUUUUUUUUUUUCACCUAUACCAAGUUGCCAUAAUUCAAAUUUCAUUUAGCUGUUUUCAUCUCAUCGAAGAGUUUUCAAACAAGGCUUGAGAUGUGGUACAAUUUACACAUUGGGGUGGUGAAAAUUUUUCAAUUUUUAUUAUUAUCGGUUCAAAAUUUUGUUCUAAAUGGAGAAAAAAAAAGGAGAUACGUAUUAUUUUAUUUUGAUUUUAAUAAAUAUUUAAUGGUAUCUCAAUUUAAAUAAAUGAUUGAACAAAAAAUCGGCAGAAAGAUUUUGGCGCAAUUUUUAAAAUUGAUCAAUUAGAAAUUAUCAGGAAAAUCAUGAUUUGUCAAUUUUCAAAAAUUGCGUCAAAAUCUUUUUGUCGAUUUUUUGUUCAGUCAUUUGUAAUUUUGUUAAGUAAAAAUUCGUAUAAAAAGAAAUUCUAUCGAAUUUUAAUUCGAAAAAUAACCAAAUUUUAGCCGGGAAUUAAAAAAAUUGGAAAAUUUUGAAAAUUAGGACCACACAUUUUUAUCUACUCGGAACGUUUCCUUUCUGCCCUUCAUUGCAUUCAGACAGGGUGUCCAGCUAACUUUGAAAAGUUGUUGAAUUUCAUAACAAAACCUUAAAUUAUUAAAUUUUUUUAAUAUAAUUUAAGGUUUUGUUUGACCUUUAAUUUAACAUUAUUUAAUAAUGUUAUUUAUUUUUAAGUGGAGUCACCGCCUUAUUAUUUUGACCUCUUUAAAUUUAAAUGAUUGCAGGUGGUUGUAAUAUUUUUCUGUUUCAUUUAGGUCCUAAAAAUUAUACAGAAUGGUUAGCAAUAGAAAAUAAUUUUUUUCCAAUUUAAAACUUAUAAUCUAAAAAUUUUUUUGUUCAAAAAAUUAAAAUUUUUCAAAAUUAUAUUUUUAUUGACAAUCAUUAACUAGAAUUUUUAUUUUCAAUAAUUUUAUUAGAAAUAAUUAAUUUUUAGGCGAAUUUUCAUUUUUCGAAUUAAAAUUCGAUAGAAUUUCUUUUUAUAUUUCUCAUACAAUCGAAUUUUGUGUGCUUCGAAUUUUUAUUUAUUCGAAAUUACAAAUGGCGGAACAAGAAAUCGACAAAAAGAUUUUCGGUGAAAAUUUUUAAAAUUUACAAAUCACGAUUUUCUUAAUAAUUUCUAAUUGGCAGUUUUUAAAAAUGGCGCCAAAAUCUGUCUGUCGAUUUUUUGUUCGGUCAAUUUGUAAUUUCGGACAAAUGAAAAUUUGGCAUCUUAAAAAUUCGAAAAAAUAAAAAUUUGGAUAAAUUAAAAUUCGGUGAAUUAGAAAUACUGUCAUUUAAAAAAUUGAAUUACAUAAAAUUCGUUUGAUUGAGAAAUUUGUUAAAUUAAAAUUCUCUUAAAUAAAAAGUUAUAUGUAAAGAAAAUGACUGUAAAAUAAAUAUUCUGACAAUCAAAAAAUUUGGUUAUGUAAAAAAUCGUAUAAAAAGAAAAUCUGUCAAAUGUUAAUUUAAAAUUUGUUCAAAAAAUAAUUAUUUUUAAUAAAAUACUUUAAAAUAAAAAUUCUAAUUAAUGAUUAAAAAAGAAGAAAAAAAUCAGUUGAAACGGAUUUUCAAAAAAAUAAAUAUAUAUGUUAUUACAAUCCAAAAUGAUGCAAGAAAAAAAAAAGAUUGAAAUUCAGGAUGCAAUAAUUGUGAUUUAUGAUUGAUUUAUCGUCAUAAAUAAAAAAAAAUAUAUUUUCAUAGUUUGUACACAUAGUUUGUUGAAUUUCUAUUUUCAAAAAACGCUGGACACCCUGUUUGAUUUAGUCUCGAAAUAAGAAACAGUUUUUAAAUGAAACAAAUUUUUUAAAUGAAUUUUAAUAGAAUAAUGAGUAUACCUUGUCAGACUUUCAAAAUGAAUAUCUUGUCGUGUAACUCAUUAUUGAAAUUUAACGUAUAAAAAGUAAUUGUAAUUUUCAAUGAUCUGCUCAGUUUGAAAAAAAAUGUGUUAGUCAAAAAUUAAUAUAAAUAAAAUAAUCUUAUUUUUCAAAAUAUAGUUGAAUGGAGGCAAACGAGGAAAUUAUAUAUAUCUGUUUAUUAACACAAGUUCCACUGUCAAUAACUUUUAAUGAAAAUAUUUCAAAAAUUGUUUAAAUUAUUUUCUAAAGUUGUUGACAAUAAAACAUUAUUUAUGUGUGAAAAAAGUAUACUUUCAAUUACUUAAAGUAUAAAAAAAAAGUUUUCUUUUAAAAUUAAUUCGUGAGUCAUACGUUAUCUAUUAAUUUUUCUAAUUUAUUAAAAUGAGCAUUUACAAAAGGAGAUGAUUGUCAAUUUUAAAUGUUUGAAAAAGAGUUUAUUUAUCAUGCAUGGCACUUAUAAUAUAUUUCUAGUUUUACUUAAUCAAAAUAUUUCAAUUGUAUUUUCAAGAAAGAAUGAAUUUUUGUCAGUAUCAUGACAUAUAUAUAUAUAUUUCGAUGUACAUUCUCAAAUAGUAAUUAAAUAGUUUUAUAAUGAAAAUAAGAUAAAAAAAAAAACUUUGUUAUCUUGAAAUUUCCAUAUUUAGAAAUGAAUAUCUUAAGGAGGUAUUCUUCGUAUAGAAAGAAGAAGAAAAAAAAACAAUUUUUUACACUACUUUUAAAAUAUUUGAAAAAAUCAUUCUCUGACUUACUUUUCUCCGAAUUGUAAUUUUGAAAAUUGUAUUUGUAGCUUCUUUGAAAUUGUACUUGAAUUUGAGGUUAUGUUAUGUAUAAAAACGCCUGUGUCUAGAUGAAAAUCGUAUGGAGAUGAUAAUUAUGAUCAUUGAAAUUGUAGUAUUUGUACUUGAGAGUAAGAGUAAGAGUAAAAGUAAUGAUUAUAUUUCUACAGUGAAAUGAUUAAGCUGUAGAAAGUAAGCGAAGCGAGGUUUCUUUGAUUAGCAAUAAGGCGAGGUGGUCGACACCGUUUAGUCCCAUUUACAGAGAACUCGUUGUCUGUAUGCAAGUGAUAAUGUGUAUUUAAUUCUCCUUUGAUUACAUGCAAGCUAGUUAUAUAUAAAGUAAGAAGCCAAUUUUUAUAUUAUUAAUUAUACACGAAACAAGUUAGACGUUAAGGAGACAAUUUAGCUCAAAAAGUUUUCACUAUAUAUAAAUAAUUAUAUAGAUUUAAGAAAUUUGAAGCAAGUGAUUUACGGAACAACGUAAUGUCCCGAUUUUAAAAAUUGACGACUUCAGGACAAUAAGAGCCCAAAAUCAAUUACAAAAGCGGGAUUGAACUUCUUUUUUCCUUUCGUUCAAAGAUGUUCACCGUCGCUCCAAGCCUCAAUCACAAUUAUAUAUAUAAAAUAUUAUGUAACUCUUCAAUCCCUCCAUAAAUAAAUGUAAUAUAUUUUGUAAUGAUUUGAUCUUUGAGCAAUAUUAAUAUAUUUAUAUUCGCGAAGAAGAUGCCGGCGAAGAAACUAUGUGUCUCUAUAGGAAAUGCUAGCGAUCUCUUUUCAAUUUAAUAUUAGUUUUAGUCCGCAUCUUCUUGUGCGCGAUAAUUACUCGACGAUUUUAUAAAUUAAUAAUUAUAAUACUUGGAUUAUUCAAGAUCUACUUUGUUUAGUUCAAGAUAACAAUAAAUGGCCUUCAAGUUAAGAA